UAUUUUCUCGUUGGCUGUGGUGGAAGAACAUGUCCCCGCCUCCUCUCGGCUCGUCUCUGGGAUUGGGAGACUGGCCCGCCGCUCUGCAGAUAUCACGAGGAUCAUAAAUUCAUAGUGGUCUCGCGCUGCUCGGUUUUCUGUCAGAGGAGCUCGAGAGGAGUAGUGCGAGUGGACAGGUCUGAUGCAUGAGCCAGGGAACCGGCAGCAGAGAUGAAGCCUGACGCCGAUUGGCUGUGAUUUUUAAAAGCCACUUCUUUUAAAAAAAGCUGUUGCCCAAUAUCAACAUGGCAGAGCGCUCGGCUACAUUGCCCACUUCAAAGAUGGCGGCCAUCAGCCGGGUCCGAGUUCUGGCUCUGGUAUUUUUCACAGUCAGCGGCUGUUUGGUGAGCUUAUCCAGCGGCGAGGAAGGUGCAGAGGAGACGGUCAUCAUAGGGCUGAGGCUGGAAGACUCGGACGACGUUUCAUAUAUGGACGGCGGGUCUUUGCGGGUGAGCGAGAGGACCCGGGUCAAGCUGAGGGUCUAUGGGCAAAAUAUCAACAACGAGACGUGGUCCAAAAUCGCUUUCACCGAGCAUGAAAGGACCAAAGUAAUUGGCAAUAUCUAUAGCACUGCUGGAGAUAACAAAAGCAAAGAGGACACCUCCAGCUUUCAUCCCUGUGGCAUAAGGACCUCGGAUAUAAUAAUUUUGCCCAAAAUAAUCUUGAAUAGAAGGACCUCUGGGAUUGUGGAGAUCGAAAUCAAACCUCUGCGGAAAACGGAAAAGAGCAAAGCGUACUACCUGUGCACAGCCAUGCCCACACCGACAGUGGCAGGGGCGCAUGAUCCCUGGACUGAGACUACAUGGGUCUACCAUGAUGGAGAUGACACCAAAGUUGUGGUGGUGGAAGAACGAAAAUUCCUGCUGCCUUUUUGGUUGCAGGUCAUAUUCAUCGGGCUUUUGCUGUGUCUGUCUGGUAUGUUCAGUGGGUUGAACUUGGGUCUGAUGGCCCUUGACCCGAUGGAACUACGGAUUGUCCAGAACUGUGGCACUGAAAAGGAGAAGACGUAUGCUAAGAAGAUUGAGCCAGUCAGGAGUCAAGGGAAUUACUUGCUUUGCUCGCUUCUUCUGGGGAAUGUGUUGGUCAACACCACCUUGACCAUUUUGCUGGACGACAUUGCUGGCUCUGGAUUGAUUGCUGUUGUGGUGUCUACCAUUGGCAUUGUAAUAUUCGGGGAGAUUGUGCCCCAGGCGAUCUGUUCCAGACACGGGUUGGCAGUAGGUGCCAAUACCAUAUUCUUGACCAAAUUCUUCAUGCUGCUUACCUUCCCUGCUUCAUACCCGGUCAGCAGGCUUUUAGAUUGCGUUUUAGGGCAGGAGAUUGGCACUGUGUACAACAGAGAGAAGCUUCUGGAGAUGCUCCGGGUUACAGACCCCUACAAUGACCUGGUCAAGGAAGAACUCAACAUCAUCCAGGGAGCACUGGAGCUCAGGACUAAGACAGUGGAAGAUGUGAUGACACCUUUAAGAGAUUGCUUCAUGAUCGCUGGCGAUGCCAUACUGGACUUCAGUACCAUGUCAGAGAUUAUGGAGAGUGGGUAUACCCGGAUCCCAGUCUUUGAAGGGGAACGAUCCAACAUUGUGGACCUGCUCUUUGUGAAAGACCUGGCGUUUGUGGACCCAGACGACAGCACGCCACUGAAAACCAUUACCAAAUUCUACAGCCAUCCCUUGCAUUUUGUAUUCAAUGACACCAAGCUGGAUACCAUGCUGGAGGAGUUCAAAAAAGGUAAAUCCCACUUGGCAAUUGUCCAGCGUGUGAAUAACGAGGGGGAAGGAGACCCUUUCUAUGAGGUACUGGGGAUCGUCACCUUAGAGGAUGUUAUAGAAGAAAUCAUCAAGUCCGAAAUCCUGGAUGAAACAGACUUGUAUACUGACAACAGAACGAAAAAGAAAGUCACCCAUCGGGAAAGGAAGCAGGAUUUCUCAGCUUUCAAGCCGACAGACAAUGAAAUGAAGGUUAAAAUAUCACCCCAGCUUCUGCUGGCAAUGCACCGUUUCCUAGCAACAGAGGUGGAGCCCUUCAGUCCUGUCCAGAUGUCUGAGAAGAUCUUGCUACGGCUUCUCAAGCACCCAAACGUCAUCCAGGAGCUCAAAUACGACGAAAAGAACAAGAAAACUAUUGAGCACUACCUCUACCACCGCAACAAGCCUGUGGACUACUUCAUUCUCCUCUUACAGGGGAAGGUAGAGGUGGAGGCAGGGAAGGAAGGCAUGAAGUUUGAAGCAGGUGCUUUCUCUUACUAUGGAACGAUGGCUCUGACAGCUUCCCCAGUUCCUCUCUCCUUGUCUCGUACAUUCGUGGUCAGUAGAGCUGAAUCAUUAGCAGGAUCUCCAGAGAAUAAGUCACCCCCGCGGCCCUGCGGUUUAAAUCACUCAGACUCUUUGAAUCGCAGUGACCGGAUCGAUGCCAUCACACCCACGCUAGGGAGCAGCAACAACCAGCUCAAUGCCUCCUUCCUGCAGGUGUACGUGCCAGACUACUCUGUGAGGGCCAUCGCAGACCUGCAGUACGUCAAGGUUACCCGUCAGCAGUACCAGAAUGCUCUGAUGGCUUCACGGAUGGACAAAACCCCUCAGUCCUCGGACAGUGAGAACAUUAAAAUAGAAUUGACUCUAACUGAGCUGCACGACAGAUUGCCGGAUGAGACGGCAAACCUGCUCAACGAACAGAACUGUGUUGCACACAACAAAUCCAACCACAAUAUGCACAACGAGGGCUCCAUUUAGCAGCGGGACAGCACGCCGACACCCUCAACACACAGCCCAACCCCGCGCCCCAUUGACUCCUGUGCUGGGGAGAAGGCGAGGGGGACUGCAGUCAUUAUGAGCAUGCACAUACGUAUGAGUCGAAAGUCUUGAGACCAAAGAGCUUGUGGUCCCUUUUUCUUUGGGGAUCAGUGUGAGAGGAAUAAAGAAAACAAAAAGAUAAUGAAAGAGUGCGAUAAAACAAGGGGUGAGUCAAGGAUAGAAACUAGAGUGCAGACUUUUACUCUGAAAGCAACUCGGAACCAUGUUUGAAUUUCCACUCCCUGCUACGGGGUGCUUAGUUUUGAUAAAAUAUGCAUUAUUGUAUUUCCGGUUAUUGUUGUGUUAGUAGUUAACUACAUUUACAGCGGACCAGCUUUGUGUAAAGUUGCCUGUAAUGACCAAUUUGUCAUGGCCCUCGGUUUUGUUUUCUAUGCUAGACUAUGUUUUAAAAAAGGCUUUUUUCACAUGUUACUGGCAUUGGUGGUAGGGAACAGUAUUUGGAGUAAAACUGAAUAAAGACCUAUAUUUAUUUGGAGCACAGCUAUUAUUAAGUUGCAAUUGUGGGUUAAUGGUUAAGUUAUGUCAAUAAAAAGGAGAAGGGGUUGUUCUAAAUCAACAUUUUUCACAAAUGCUCAAGAUUUUUAUUGUUAAAGCCUGUGGGGGAAAAAAAAAAAGAGUUCAGUUGUGACCAAAAGGGAUACUGCAUGCAAAUCUGAUUAGCCCCCCCCCCCCCCCCCCACCUUGUGAAAAUAUGUAAACCUUCUUUUUUUCUUACGUUGCUAUAUUAUAGAACUGAAUAACACAGGAAAUCAAUAAAUAACUGGGAACUAAGAGAUUCUAAUUAAAAAAUAAAUAAAAAUAAGGUCAGUAUUAACAGUAUGAAGCCCACUGAUUGAAAAAUGUGUUAGAAUGUAGGUUGUUUGUUCUUCAGUAGCUAUCUGCGGAAUGUAAAAACCUUUUCAGUGCUGUUAUUACUUGACUCGGGUGAGAUACUGUACUGUGUGGCAGCCUUGAAUCUGAGAUAAUGUGGGUGGGAGUUUACAUUAAUAAACUUUGACUACAGGUGCCUUAGAUGGAAGGAAAAGUGAGAAGGGUCUUAAGAAAGCAGAGACUUCAGCAGAAAAAACUUUCCAAAAACCUUCAAAGUUCUUUGUGUAAUAAUAUUUUGAAGGAUUAGUGUCUGGUUAGCCCCUGUGUUUGAAAUGGCUAUUAGUGUCAUUGUAAUCUCAUAAUUUGGUACAAAUAGCUGCACUGCUUUGUCCCAGUAGGGUACAUUACGAUGGCAGAGAGCUGGGUUCUUGCAGAGGUUCUAAUUCUUGUAUUGUUUUUAAAUGUUUUACGACAUCAUGAAUCAGCUGAAGAUUAAAUAUCGUGGCCAGAUUUGAUUUUCAGGUGUCGUAACCAGAUCUUUUUAAACACUUCUUUUUUUUUUUUUUUUUUUUACUACUAUUAUUACAUUUUUUUAUUUAACUCAACAACACUAAGAAUGUAGCAGAAUGGAUAACACAAUUUAAACCAUAAUGAAAUAAUCCUCAAAAUAGUUGACAGAUGUCUUGUUCUAUUCUAAAGUCGUGUAAAUGCAAAAUACAAUUUAAAAAAAUGCCUGACAAUUGAAAUAUCAAAUAAUAGACAAGAGAAUUGUCUUCUAGCAUCACCAGGGUAGCAAAUUGCAAGGAAACCCGUGUAACUGAGUGUUUCAAUUGAGAAAGUUCAUUUCUCACACAACUUGCACUCUUUACUGGAAACCCCUAAAGUGUGUUGUAAAAUAUGUAUCUAGGGACCGAUUUCACUUGUAAUUGAUUUAUUUGUUAUUUUAUUAAACUGUUUUGUUAUUGGCAGAAAUACUGUUUUUCUUAUCCUUUUUUUCUGGUGUUUUCAAAGAAAGGACCUAAUUCUUAAAGACGGAUAGCCAGUAUUGUGCCUCUUGUGUUAGCAUUGUUCAGGGGUUCCCCGAGGUCUUGGGGGGGUUGUUUGAAAUAGAGAAGGCCACACUUUUAUUUCCUGACUGCUGUGUAAAACCGUGCACAGUUCAGUAAAUAUAUAUGAUCAGUAAACUCAUGUACAAUCUGUUGCAGUGGAGCCCUGUGGCAAGAGCAGAGCUCUCGGUUUCUAUUCCCACAGACUCGUUAUGUGGCCUUGGACAGGGGUGGCUCACCACAGCUCUAUAACUGGGUGAGUUGGGUUGCAUGAUGCAAGAUGUUGACUAUUGGUUGGGUUACUUUGGGUGAAUAGAUAAAUUAAAUACCCGUUUUUACUUAUGCAUUUAAUCAUCAGUUUCUCAACACUGAUGGGGGGGAUAUUGGAAAGCAACCAUUCUCUGCUUUAAAUUUGCAGUUGAAGCUUAAGCAUCUGGUGCUUGUAUAUGAGAAACAGACAAAUGGUUUAUCUUGCUCACCCAUUGUGGAUGAGUAACUAAUCAUUGUGUUAUAAAUCACGUGUAUAUAAACCCAAUUAACAGAGUGUUACCCAGUUUUCCUUACAUGCUGCUGUAGUGAAUUGUAUUGUUCUGUACCCUGCUGUUUCGUGUAUGUGCUGCUGUUGAUGAUGAUGUUGAUGUUAUGACUCCUUGUGGUUGACAGAAGGAGCGUUGUUUCAGGGGCUCUCACUCUGGAAAUCUAAAUCUUGUUUUGGCAGCACCGCCAGGACCCAGGGAGCUGGAGUGGCAAACAGGACAGGGGAUUUCAAAUGAAGGCAGCUAGUCUGACUUUAUCACAUGUUAAUAUUAAAUAUUAGUUCACAGUUCAGACAGAAACUAUUUCCAGCUCACGCCAGGCUAACUUAAAUAUCUAGGUGUUUGUAUGAAACCCUUGAGCAAUAAGCAGUGGCUUUCACUUGGUAAAGUUAAGAAGCCCUGGUAAGCAUUGGUUAAAAAAUAAUACUUCCUCAGCUAGUAUAGUUAUUAAUUGAUACUGAAAUUCUCUAGUAGAUCUUCUUUUUUAAAUAAGUAUUACACUGUUUCAGUUUACCUUGCCAGGUACUGUACGUGCUACACAGUGCUGCUGCCCCAGUUUCCUGUCCACUGAUUUCCGCUCUGGUUUUCCUCUGGAUCCCGUUAUCGUAGCUUUCUAAAAGAUGGUGUUGUAACCAGUAACCAAACAUAACCCUUGUAUUUGCAUACUGUAAGGACCAUAUUUGAUGGGAGAUAAGAUGGGAAAAAGAACAGCUUCAUAUGCCACUUGAUGUCUGUGCGGUGUGACAAGUGCUUGUUGAGUGAAUUUGCAGUGAGCUUCUAUGUUUCAUUUCCUUUCUUGGGACGGCAGGAUUAAUCUCCAGCAGCUUCUGUCUUUUUGAGGUUGGUUUUCUCAGGUUUUAUUUUCCUGUAAAUAGCGUUUACUAUCCAAACACUUCUCUAAAAGGAUUGAAAAUACUUUUUUUCUCCUAAACACUGUUCUUUUAUUAUCUGUGUAAACUGGAAUUCUGCAUGCAACUUGACACUUGGAAUCAUCAGUUCCUUCAGUAUUUGUAAAAGUCUGUAAACCCUUUCUAGUUUUAUUGUGGAUAAAGAACACUUCAAAAAAUGCUAAAAGUUGUUUAAAUACUAGUAUGUUUUUAAAAACAAAACCAAUAUUCAAGUCGUUGUAAAACACAGUUUAAUAUGAGCGCUGCAGUCUCUUAUUCUGUUUUAAACUUAUGUUUUUAUAUGAUUCUUUACAAUGAACACAAACUAUCCAUUUCUCAUUUCCAGUGUUGCACUUUCCUUGAUAAGUCUCACCUUAACAUAGAUUAGCCUGUUCCAGCCUCUUCCAUCAAGUAUGGCCAUUCAUUGUCUGUAUCAUAUUGUACAAUAAAACAUUUCAGAAAGGUAGUAUUCUGAGUACAGAAUUCAGAAUUGUAUAUAUGAAUCUGAAAUGAAGCACAAUUGAGAUGAAGUGUACGUUUCCAAAGCUGAUUGUUCUUUGAAAUGAAGUUUAUAAUUAUUUGAAUGACAUUGUAGAUUUACAAUCUCCUAUUUAUUUUGUACCUGAUUUAUCUGUAUAUUUUGUGAUCUUCAGUUUAAGAGAAAACACUUUUUGUAUGUUUUUAUUGUUCCUUUUAAGUAUAGUAUGAUUAAUUACUCUUAUUUUUGACAUUCCACUUUUGCUUCUUGUUUGUACUGCGUAUUCCAUUAAGGGUUGGAUUGAUAAUGUGGCUUGUAAUUUACCCAACUACUGUUAUUUAGAAUAUUGUAGGUAUGGCCAUAAUUACACAAGAUUUAAAAACUGGGAGGUAUAUUCAAAAGCCUGGUCACAGCUGCCAAUAACACACAACACAACACAUACAAAACAAAUCUUUUUAGCACAACACUAGUAUAAUAUGUUUUGCAGUAUUAAUUACAAACAGUACUGAAGUUAAACACGUAGUUCAUUAACUGGUAACAGCGCUCACUACUGUAUGGUAACGGGAAAAGAUGCAACUGCAAAUUGAUGGUUUCUUUGAAAACCGAUUUAAAGUCUAAUGGUAAAGCGAAUCAGUGUUAGCCAUAAGUCACAUUGUGUUCUUGUGUUCAGUAUAGUUUGUCUAAAAAUCAUGCAGCAUGGGAAUAAAAUGGCAAAUAAUAAAAAAAAUAAUCUGGUCACCAGAAAUUGUUCAGUUAAGUAUUCAGGCUUUACAUUGACCCAAAACAUUUAGUUACAGCUGCUUUUUGCUAAAGUUUUAAUCAUGUUUUGUUGUUGCAAGUUGAAAACAUAUUACCCUUAACCAUCUGUGCCUUUUUGUAUUGCCAACAGAAUUUUUUAGGAUGAAGUCUUAUGCUAUCCACAUUUUAAUAAAUUAUCAAUCCACCCCUUA